GCCAGGCCCCUUCCCGGCCCGGCCCCUGCCCCAGGGGGACCCCGCUCGGAGGGAAGGCGGAGGAAUCACGUCCACAUUUCACUCCAGAUCGUCUCGUCUGCCAGGAGACAGGGAAGGGAAAUGGCUGUGAUGGAGCCAGCUCAGUUACGGCUAUUUGUGGCUGCCGUGGGGGAGACCUUGAAGUGGCUGGUGAGCACCGUGCGGGAGAUGCAGCAGACCCAGCAGGCGGACAGACAGGCGCUGAUGACAUGGCAGGCGGACCAACAACGGGCCCUUCAGGAGUUCAUCGGGGAGCAGUCGGCAGCCCAGCAGCAGAUGCUACAGAGGGUGAUGUCGGUGACCUUUGAGGAUGUGGCUGUGUAUUUCACCCAGGGGCAGUGGGCUCUGCUGGACCCCGCUCAGAGAGCCCUCUACAGGGACGUCAUGCAGGAGAACUACGAGAUGGUGACCUCGCUGGGAUUUCCCAUUCCCAAACCUGAGCUGAUCACCCGGCUGGAACGAGGGGAAGAGCCGUGGGUGCCCGAUCUCCAGGUCUGCGAGGAAAGAGAGAUCCCGAGAGGCGCCCGCACAGGGUUGGAAUUGGCAACUCCCUCACUGGUUCCUCUGAAGAAGAACCUCAACGCUGUAGUGGUGUCUGAAAAAUACAACCUGAAGCCGAUGCCGAUGAAGAGGCAGAGCACGUCCGCCCCCUCUGGUGACAACCCACCAGUAGAGAAGAAAUACAAACCUCUGAACACCACCCCCAACAGCACCAAGGAAAUCAAAGUCAAGAUCAUCCCAGUGCAACCAAUGGAGGGCUUGGGCUUCCCCGAUGCCCUUAACUCUGCCCCCAUCCCGGGGAUCAAGAUCAAAAAGAAAAAGAAAGUCUUGUCUCCUACGGCAGCCAAGGCGAGCCCCUUUGAAGGGAAGCCAGCCCCAGAAGCGAGCGCUGCUAAACCAUCCUCACCAGAACCCGCUACUGCAUCCGAGCCAAUGGAGGUGGAUCGGCCCGGUACCCCUGUGCCGGCAGUAGAGGUCCCAGAGCUGAUGGAGACCGCCUCGUCCAAGCAGAACUCAGACACCAAGCCGUCCGAGAGCACCGCUGACUCCACGCGGCUCACCAAGAAGGGCAAGAAGAAGACAGUGAGCUGGCCUGAAGAGAGCAAGCUGCGGGAGUACUUCUACUUCGAGCUGGAUGAUACUGAGCGAGUCAACCUGAACAAGAUCAAGGACUUUGGCGAGGCAGCCAAGCGGGAGAUGCUGAAGGACCGGCAAGCCUUCGAGACGGCGCGCCGGCUCAGCCACAGUGCCAUGGAAAAUGAAGUGCCCUGGGUUUACCCCAACCUCAUCGACCUGCCUAGCUCCCUGGUGCAGCCGGGCAGCGGCAGCCACGAGAAGUUCACCCAGGCCAAGAGGGAGAAGGGCACCCUGCCGGAGAUCUUCCUCUUCAAGGAGAGCAUUCCAGAUAGUCCCCACGAACCCGACCCAGAGUCUUACGAACCCCUGCCGCCCAAACUCAUCCCGCUCGACAAGGGCGGGCCCAACAACCACAAGACGGAGGAGCUAAUGAAGCAGCCGGAUUACUCGGACAAGAUCAAACACUUGCUUGGCAACCUCCAGCCACAGCCCCUGGGGCCCUCAGGAGUGCCCCAUGGGCUGCUGGGCCCAGGGCCCCUCGCCAAUGGAUUCCUACCUGGACCAAAGAACAUGCAGCAUUUCCCUCCUGAGGGGCCAGGACCCAUGCCUGGUCCCCGUGGUGGCCCUGGGGGUCCCAACAUGCCCCCAGGUCCUGGCAUGCCUGGUGGGCCCAGGAUGAUGGGCCCUCCCUCUCCCCAGCAAGGCGAGUUCUGGGAUCCCCCUGAUGGCGGAAUGCGAGGAAACCCCCAGGGGGGUAUGAGAGGGGGUGGCCCCGGCCCAGGGCCCGGCCCAGGCCCUUCCCACCGGGGGCGAGGUGGGGAGCCCCCCUUCCAGGGUCAUGAUGGAGGCUACAGAAAAGACAUGUCGAGCCGCCCCGUGUGUCGCCACUUCAAGUUGAAAGGCAGCUGCAGGUACGAGAACAACUGUGCCUUCUACCAUCCCGGAGUGAACGGGCCGCCCCUGCCGUAGCGCCCGGGGCCCUCCCCCCAGCCCGCCGACGUCCUGUGAAACCGCCCAACACAGCCGCCCCCGCUUCACGGACUCUGGGGUGCCAGCUGUCGGACUUGGGCUGCGGCCACCACUUAUGGCUUCUGUGGGGCCUUGUAACACCCGGGGGGGGGAAGGAGCAACCCCCCCUGACGGCUGCUGCGACUGAGAAACCACUGCACUGGGAAUUUCCCCCCGCCACUCUGCUCCCUCCUGUGUUUUAACAUGAUGGUGGCGCUGAUGGGACAUGACUCCGCGCCCCCCCAGUGACUUUUUGCAAGCACAAGAGCUGUUGCCUGCUCUGGGAUCUGGGGAUGAGGGGGGCAAAGCGGGUUGUUAACACUGUGUAUAUCUCUGUGGAGCCAGCAAAGGUGUAAAGGGGGGGGUUGCCUGGCUGCCCUACCCGGCUCCGGGCUGCGAUCUGUCCGCAGGUUCGCCUGCUGCAGAACUAUUCUGAAGACAUUUUGGCUGGGAAGCCUUGGCCCUGGGGAGCAGCCGGCCACACUGCUCGGCUCCCACAGAAAUACUGCCCUCCUCGGGCACGUGGUCCGGAGACUUCUCCUUCCAUCUGGCAGCAGCAGGAUACCAGUCCUUCAGUUGGGGAGGAGAGGGGUCCCUUAACCACUGCCCCCCACCCACUGAGCAAAGGGGGUGCUUGUUAACUCCACCCCCUCAAUGGGGUCAUUGUAGAUAAAUCUCUGCAUUAAGCAUCUUCACACAACUUUCAUAUGACUUUUUGUAUUAUGUCUCUUUAUAUAACCUUGUAUUAAGCCUAUCCACAUAUAACCUCUAUUUUCAUACAACUGUGUAUCAAGUCCUUUGAUCUAGGAACUUUGUAUCAGAUCUGUGGGAGAAAACAAACCUUCACUCUGCAUUUGUAAGCAACAAGGCAGAGACAGUUUAUUCAAGCAAUUGCAAGGGAAGAUUGCAGUUGGACGGGGGGGUCCCCUUGCCCUUAGCAAAUCUUUGAAAAACAAGCAAUUUAAGACAAGUAUUUAUACACUCCCAUUACGUCCAUCAACGGCCAACAGCUGUGUCCUGUUUAUACAUUUUUCUUUCUGAUAUUUUACUUAUUUCAAUGGUUCCUGCUAAAGUCAGCAUUCCAUUUUUAUCUGAAGGCAAGGCUAAAACAGCAUCCCUUGCACUUUCCCACUUGCACAAGUCCUGCUGUUACACGUCUUGCGUUAUUAGGGUUAGGGUUAGCCUGACUUUUGCUCUAUCUUUAACAAAACUAAGAUGGCUGCACUUAAAUCUCCUUUUUUGCUUUUAGCACAACUAUUUUUUUAAACCUUUAUUUUUAUUAGAUCUUGUAUUUUUGAUUUUAAAUUAAAUGGAUUAGCCUUAUAAGCUUUGGAUGUAACGAUAAUGUGUGAUUAGUAUGGACAUGGAAGGUAUUUUUGUUGUUACGUUUUUUACAACAACAAUAACAUUUCUAAACUAAACAAAAGCAAUAAGUAUUAACAUUUCUAUUGUAAUAAUAUGAUGGGGUUGUUUUUUAGCCUUAGUUACGUAACACAAUACAUUAUAAUUAGCACACAAGGUAGAUACUUUAUAGGUAGUAUGAAAAGCGUGUUUUUUAAUGUGAUCUAUAUUUUGAAGCACAUGGAUUUGACCUUGUAAUUUAGAGAUUUUUUUUUUAACCUUUUGGUAGGAGUGAAAGUGGGUUUUGGAAUUGGUCGGAUAUUCAGAUGGUUCAAUUAAAAGGUGUUUGAAACCUAAGGGCUAAUUGUAGGACUCUAUCCACAGGCCAAUAGAUAAUAUGAUUUUUCCACAGCAGUGGUGAGAUUAAAAUGUAUGUCUUGCAAAGUGGUGGCCUUAACAUUUACACAGCUGUUAUUAGCUUGGAAGAGCAGGUGUUUUGUUAGGGGAGUUUUUUGUUCCAUACCCUUCCAACAAACGUUGUUCUGGACCGUGACAACUUUUUCAUGCUUUAGCUCUUGUACACGUUGAAACUGUGCAGGUUUUAAAGGCCAAAGUGUUUAAUGGCUUUUCAGUGGGUGUUAUUUUAGGAGCACUGACUAUAAAUUGGCUAGGCAUACCAGGUGGUUUAAUUAUUUAAUUUCACGUGCAUUUUUUUCACGGACCCAGCAGGAUUUGAUAGGUGGGAGCCCACACCACUUCAACCGGCCCAUAUGCUUGGAAGGAGCACUGUGAGUACCUGCACUUUUACCCUGAAAACCUCCAAGUAUGUCUCCAUGGCCACAAAUUAGAUGGUAAUCCUGAAGCAUUAGUAAGGGCAGUGGGCCAAGUCUGAUGCUUAAGAUUACUCUGAAUGGCCAUGAGCUGGUCAUUUAGGAAAUCCCAAAUCUCUGGACAGACCUGGUCUCACGACAACUUCUUUUCCGCCCCAGUGAUAUUCAGUACCAUCUCUGUUAGCAGUUCCUGGGUCAUCGAACUAAGGGCGGAGAUAACCCAGGUGCAGGCUGAAAUUGGUAAAUUACAUGUUAACUGUGCUCAGUAAUAAGACGCGUGGCUUUUUUCGGCUGCCGUAGUUUUUAUCAUGUAAUUGGGUAACCAAAUAACAAUAAGGACCCCUUUUAUCUGACAUACUACAGACCCCGGGAAUGGCAGUUAUAUUAACCCUGCUAUGAAACCCACUAAUCUUAAUUUUGGAUUCUUGAGGCUCAUUUGUAGUGAUAUUAUAUACUUUUAUCUUUA